AUGGCCAAAGUUAUGGAAUUGGUAGAAAAGGAGAAUGUCGAUUCUAGUUUGUUGGACUUGAAUUUACUCAAAAACGUCUUGAAAGUACUCUCAAGACAACAGAAGAAUGAAAGUGGAAUUAAUUUCAAAUUAGAAAAUGCCUUUAAAUUGUUCUCUAGGUUUUGAAAGCUUUUUAUCGAAUUCUUGAUAGUUU